GCGAUUCCGCGUCGAGUGUCGAUAUCUAGCAACGGCCGUGUUCGCCGGGAGAACGUCGAACCUUCUAGAACGGCGCGGACCUCAGUAGACUUUUUCGUGAUUCGUAAUCGCGACGUGAGAUCGUAACAGCAGUAUUCGGCAGAGGAAGCCUCGCCACCAUUGAACUUUUUCGGAAACGCGACCAAAUCUGAUUGAGAUAGACUGCGCCACGUAACCUUCGAGAAGCCAUCGCCCCGCGGCGCCGUCGAGCGGCGUGAAGUUGCCAGCGCGUUCUUCGAAUUUGUCUGAAGGUUGUCGUUAGUUUCGCGGACGCAACGGUGGCCGACGAUCGACGGUGUUCUUCGUCGUGUGUUCCGCGGUUCUGCGCUCGUCAACGCAUCAAGAGCGUCGGGAGUGCCGAAUCGCGAGCUGAUGAUCGUCGCGGAUCGUAGAUCGGCGCGAUUAACACGGCGUCCUUCUCCGAACGGUGACGAUACGAUGUAAACAAGUGUGCCGAAUGGCGGACGAUCGUCGCAGUCGUCAUUAGCUCGAGUCUUCGACCUCGAGGGGCAAGGGAUGGAGGAGCCGGCGAAGGGACGACGGACGAGACGAGGACGGGCGUCGACGGCGAAGGAGCUGCUGUGCCGAGCUGCGGAAGCCAACUGAGCACUAGCGACACGCGGAGGUACUCGCCGGGUGGACAGAAGGACGCGCGCGUUCGCGGCUGUUGGAAGCUGGAGGAAGCGUGAAAGGGGAAAAAGCGGAAGCCGCGAUGGGAGAGAGACGCGGUACGAAGGCGCUGGAGCUCUGGUGCCGUCGAAUAACCGACGGUUACCCGGGUGUAAACGUGCAAAACAUGACCACCUCCUGGAGAGACGGGCUCGCCUUCUGCGCCAUGAUUCAUCACUUUCGGCCGGAUCUCAUCGACUUCAACAGUCUGAACAAGGACGACGUAUACGGGAACAACGAGCUGGCCUUUAGAACAGCCGAACAGCAUCUCGGGAUUCCCGCCCUGCUAGAUGCCGAGGAUAUGGCGUCGUGCACGGUGCCCGAUCGAUUGUCAAUUCUCACCUACCUCUCGCAGUUCUACCAAACUUUCGGAGGAUCCUCGCCGAGUCGUCUGGCGACGAACAGAACGACCGAAAAUUCCGACGAGAGGAUCGCCCCCGUUCCAGAAUCUCCUAAACAAAAGGUGGGGUCGCGUCUGGGAAUGCGGAGGGAUCCGUGCGCCGUGUGUGGACUGCCGGUUUUCCUGGCGGAGAAGCUGCUGAUAGCGCGCACUCCAUAUCACCGUACUUGCUUCCGGUGCGCUCGUUGCGGCAAUCAGCUGACGCCAGGCAACUACUACGAGACCGAGGAGGGCCAAUAUUGCUGUGAAACGUGUCCGGAUGAGGAGGAGUCCUCCGCCGGAGUGCACCGCAAGUACACCGACUCCAUCAUGGGCGACGCGGGACGGGAGAUGAACGAGGUCUCCACGAGAUCGUCUCUUAGCGACGAAGAGAAGACGGGGAGGAAGGCCGCCGCGCGAAAUCUACUGGAAAAGACUGCGGUGCCCGAUCUGAUCUCCCAUACGUCGCAGAUGCGAAAGAGCUUCAUAGCCAGCCAUCUUCUCUCCGAGAAGAUCGACGAGUCUACUGCGAGGGACGCGAGGAACGUCAAGGUCGAGUCGGAUUAUCGCGAGGGAGCGAAAGGCAGGAUCGAUUCGGCAUUCCCAGACGACGACGAGAACGAGGAGCAAGAGGACGAGGAGGAGGAAGAUGAGGAGGAGGAGGAGGAGGAGGAGGAUUCCCAUAGCUCCACGGCGGAUUCGCCCGUUAACGUGGAGGGCUCCAACGUAGAGCGAAACGAUGUACAUAACGCGUUAAAUAGCUUAGAAAUUAGAAAUAAGGAGGAUCAGCGACCGACUGCCAUUUCAUUCCAUGACGUAGAUAAGAAUAAUAAAACGGAGGAUACCAAAGAGUCAUCAGGACGCGCUAAUACCGCAACGAGCAUGUCCUUGGUUCAGAGGAGACUCCAAAUGUUUGAGGCUCAUGACAAAGUAAGCUACGUUGACAAGAAAGAUCGCAAUAAAAGUGCCUUCCGGGAGACUAAAGGAAGUCCUACGGUGCGGGACGCCAUGGACAACGCUCAGGGUGACUCCUGGGACCAGACACCGGACGUUCUCCGGGCGAAUGAAGAAGAGUGUCCAGAAAAACGUCUCAUGGAGGAAACAAAGAUUAACAACGAAGAAAGCUUCGAGAAUGUCGACGAGCAACGAAAAGAAGAAAAGGAAGAAGAAAACUCGGAGAUUACGAGUCACGAAGACAGCUUCUCGAGAGACAUCGUACCGAUAAAGAGCGAAGAACAUCUCGAUAGUAACAUACCGAUCGAGGACAAUCGGAUAAUCGGCGAAGGUAUCAAAAAGCAACGAGAGAGAAUCGAGGGCGAUCGAGCAGAAGACAACGAAGACAAGACGAUAAAGAGAAAAUCCUCCGAGAUUGUUGCGGAGAGCAAGCUGCUCAUGAGCGCAGAUGUUGACGACUACCCGGAGGACUUGAAUCCCUUUAAGAGCGACGAAGAAGACAACGUCAUGGAAGGCAAACGGCAGACCACGAGAGGCAGCUCGUCGAGGAGUGGCAAGGUGUCGACUAAUCCGUUCGAUAGCGAGGACGACGAGGAGGACGUCGAGGAGGAAGUCACACCGCCGAAACCGGCAGCUAGAAGUAGCAAACCGGAGAGCCGAGGAGGUGCGCCGACGGCGGUAUCCACGAAACGGCUACUGGCCGCACCACAAAUCAAUUUCCAUUCUUUCUGGAGUGACGAGGAGGAGGAGCGCGACAGCGACUUGGAAGGACGAAAUAGAACAGGGAGCAACGCGCCCGUUCCAAAACCACGCACUAUCAAGACCACUCCUGAGGUGAACGUGAUGUCGCGAAGAGGCAAUUUUAAUCGAGAAGACAUGUAUGCGUCUAAUAGCUCUUUGACAAGCUCCGAGUCGGCCGCGAUUGCCGGCGGCACGUACAAGAAGAAGAAGCCUGCACCGCAGCCGCCGGCUGCGAAAGAACUCUUCCCGUCCGAUCAGCAGACGUCGCCACUUAACAAUACAUUGUCCUCGUAUCAUAGUUCAUCGCCCCGCACAACUCCACGAGCUCGGAAAACUAAGCCGGCGCCUCCACCGCCGAUGUCUACAAGUACACCUUGCAACAUGCCCAUUAACGCCGCGGUGAGCCCUAGCGAGUCUUCGAUCAUCGAGUUUCACGGUAACAGCGACGAUCGCAGCUUAGAGAUGUGGCAGGAUCAGAAGACCAACAAGGACGAAAUGAACCGGAAUAGACAGAGUUUGAGCAGCGCUUCCGAUGAUAUCUCGUACAAAUCCUACGCCGACAAAAGCGUGCAAGGGAAAUGGAAGAGGAAGAAAGGACCUGCUCCGCCACGACCAAUUCCACACAGAAGAAAGAUAAAAGUAUUAUCCAUGAAGGAUGUAAAAUUGGAAUUGGACGAGAUAGAGUUGCAACAGCAAGGCUUAGAGAAACAGGGUGUGCGGUUAGAACAGUUGAUACGGGAUAAAUGCGAAUCCAGACACGGAACGGAAGAUUCGCCGCUCGGCAUAGACGUGGAGGAAUUGGUCUUGGAACUAUUUGCGUUAGUAAAUGAGAAGAACGAGCUGUUUAGGAGGCAGGCCGAAUUGAUGUUACUUAGGCGACAACAAAGAUUGGAGGAGGAGCACGCCGAAGUGGAAUAUCAAAUACGAUGUCUUAUGUGCCAACCGGAAGCCACCAAAACAGACUUCGAUAAACAGAGAGAGGAAGCAUUAAUACAAAGGUUAGUAGAAAUUGUAGAGAGAAGAAACGAAAUUGUCGAAUGUUUGGAGAUGGAUCGUCGCAGAGAAGUGGAGGAGGAUAAGAGCAUAAACAAGCAUAUGGGUUUAUUUGCUGCGAGAAACAAGAAUGAGUUAUUUAGUAACAACAACGAUUUCUCCAACGUAACGAAAAUGGUGAAAAAAGGGAAACUUAAAGAAAAAUUGAAAGAGAAGAAAUCGAAGAAAGUCUCAAAGAAAGACGCCGACAAGGACGUGGAUGAAACUGAGGUGAAAUCCAAACGUCACAACAAGCGAAAAUGGUUUUGAGCUCUACGUUAGUGUUAUUAUUAUUAUAUAUAUAUAAAUAAAUAUAUAUCAUAAUAAGUAUAAAUAUAAAAUUACAAAUAUAAAAUAUUUAGUAUUUAAUACUUUUAUACACACAUUUUUAACACACUAUUUGUUAUUUAAAAAGAUGUAGAAAUAUAUGCUGAGAUUAUUAGUAUA